ACACCAGAAUUCGAAAGAAAUUGAAGCGAAUUCUGCCCGAAAAAGAAGAUAUGUUGGAUCUCGAGAAACAAAUGCGGACAUUUUGGACAACCCGUUUUUGUAUCGAUAACGAUGAGAGAGCGUGUGAUGACAUCGUCGAAAGUGAAGUUGAGGAAGAGAAUUAUACACGGACUCGAGUGAAACAUAAAGAAAGUACUAAAGUGUGGGAUAAUGACGAUUUCGUUGCCAAUGCAAGCAAAACAGAAUCAGAAGAAGAGGAUAUACCGGACACUCCUGUCAAUGACUUCGAAAAUGAUGAUGCCAAUGAGGAGUCUAAUGGACGUUCGGAAUUCACAGCAUUGGAUCGCGCCCGAUUUUCGAAACAGUAUGAUAUUCAUCCUAUUAAUUAUGUCCUCCUAAAAUCAAGACGGGUAAUUAUUACAUUUUGCUUGAGACCUUUAACAUCCAACUAUUUAUAUGUACAGAUACAAAUCGAUGAUCACAGAGAAAAAAUGGAGGCUAAGGAAGAUGUGAUCACAUUAACAUUGAUUUAUCAGCCUGGUGCAUUCUUUCAUUUUUUUGACAUUGAGGAUAAGUUUACGCGAUCGGCUUUUACACAAGAAAAGCUAGAAGAAAUUUGUACAACGAAUUUGAGAGACUUGCCAGAUUUGGAAUCAGAACUGAUAAGCUUUAUUAGCACAUUCGCAAAA